AUGGGAAGACAAGCGUACAGUACUACGUUACUCCUCCUGCUGCUAACGGCCGUCUUGGUAAAUCUGAAGAAAGUUUCGUGUGGGAGUAGUAGCCAAUUAGAAUGCAAUGGCACCACCAGCAUAGGCGAUGGCAAUGACGAUGAAUUCCUGAUGGAAUCGGAAACUAGCACAAGGAUUCUGCAAGCUAAUAACGGAAAAAGGAGACUAGUCUACCCUGCACUUCAAAGGCCACCGAUAUGUAAUGCAAGGGCUUACGCUAGUUGUAUUUUUGUACGGGUCAAUAAGAAACAGCGACCUUGCAACAACUGGAAUCGCUGCAAACAUUUUCCCAAAUGA